GGAAUUCACACAUCAAAUUUCGGUCCACAGCUUGCAAUCUAUUUAAUGCAGCUAUGUUUGUGCAUUGUCUGCCUACUGCUAACAUAGUAACACACUCUCUCUGUCUUAAAUCUUAAUUUCUUUCUAUUCAUCAUUCAAUAUAAUCAUCUUCUGCUAGCACUGAAUCAUACAUACAUACAUACAUGUAGCAGAAUCUCCUCCUAAUUUCAGAUUCAUAGAUAACUAAACUAAGCAUUUGUGGGAAAAUGGGGUUCCCUACGGAUAUUGUGUUACCAAAGGUGUUUGUACAGAUCCUUUCUAUACUAUCUUUCAUCAAAAAACUCAUUACCAUCUUCUUCUUUUACAUCGGUCUCGAUUCCGGCUUCGCCUUUCCGGAGAGUUUGCCUGAAUUUCAAUCAGUUAAUCCCUUGCUGCUCAUCAGACAAAUCCUACCGGUGGUGAAGUUCUCGGAGCUGGAGCUGGAGCUGGAGCUGGCGGUGGAGAGUUGCGCCGUCUGCCUCUGUGAGUUCAAGGCGGAGGAUGAGAUCCAACGGCUCACAAACUGCCGUCACAUUUUCCAUAGAAGCUGCCUGGACCGUUGGAUGGGAUAUGAUCACACUACAUGUCCUUUGUGUCGCACAACGUUCCUACCACAUCACAUGCUAGAUGCAUAGUUUGUAACUACUCAGACUUAAGGAUGAGGUGUUUUCUUCUUCUGUGUAUAUAUAUAUUACAUACGAAACAAAGAUGUCAAAGAUAACUUUGGUUGAUGUUAUGUAUCAAUUUUGUUAUAUGAUUGUUGUGAAUGUAGCACUAGAUGUUAGGCUCCUAUAAUAAUAAAGUGUGCCAAUGUUCGAAAUUUGAAUCCCAA